UUCUUUACAUCGACGCAGUAGUAUCUUCUGCUACUCAGUGGAUUUAACACAGUGUAGGGAUAUUGUAACCAUUUUCGUUGUAAAAUAAAAAAUGUAUUCGAAAAAUAUUGGCGAUCGCCAAGCAACUCAAGAACAUGUUUUGGCUGUUUCACGAGAUUUCGUAUCCCAGCCACGUCUUACAUACAGAACCGUUUCCGGUGUGAAUGGACCAUUGGUGAUAUUGGAUGAAGUUAAAUUCCCAAAAUAUGCUGAAAUUGUACAAUUAAAACUCUCAGAUGGAUCUUUGCGAUCUGGACAAGUUUUGGAAGUUUCUGGUUCCAAGGCAGUGGUUCAAGUAUUUGAAGGAACUUCUGGAAUAGAUGCAAGGAAUACUCAUUGUGAAUUCACUGGUGAUAUCCUUCGAACACCUGUGUCAGAGGAUAUGUUGGGUCGUGUAUUCAAUGGAUCUGGAAAACCGAUAGACAAGGGUCCAACUAUUCUUGCUGAAGAUUUCUUAGAUAUCGAUGGACAACCUAUUAAUCCUUGGUCACGUAUUUAUCCUGAGGAAAUGAUACAAACUGGAAUUUCAGCUAUUGAUGUUAUGAAUUCUAUUGCUCGUGGUCAAAAGAUUCCAAUUUUCUCUGCUGCUGGUCUUCCACAUAAUGAAAUUGCUGCACAGAUUUGUCGUCAAGCUGGUCUUGUUAAGGUACCAGAAAAAUCAGUUUUGGACUCUCACGAGGAUAAUUUUGCCAUAGUAUUUGCAGCUAUGGGUGUAAAUAUGGAAACUGCGAGAUUCUUUAAGCAAGAUUUUGAAGAGAAUGGUUCUAUGGAAAAUGUCUGUCUUUUCUUAAAUUUAGCUAACGAUCCAACUAUAGAAAGAAUUAUUACACCACGUUUGGCAUUGACGACUGCUGAAUUCUUAGCUUAUCAAUGCGAAAAGCACGUCUUAGUUAUUCUUACCGAUAUGUCCUCAUACGCAGAAGCUCUUAGAGAAGUAUCAGCUGCUCGUGAAGAAGUACCCGGUAGACGUGGUUUCCCUGGUUACAUGUACACCGAUUUGGCAACCAUCUAUGAAAGAGCUGGACGAGUCGAAGGACGCAAUGGUUCCAUUACUCAAAUUCCAAUUCUUACUAUGCCCAACGACGAUAUUACGCAUCCUAUUCCUGAUUUGACUGGAUAUAUUACCGAAGGACAAAUCUACGUCGAUCGUCAAUUACAUAACAGACAAAUUUAUCCACCUAUCAAUGUACUUCCAUCACUUUCUCGUUUAAUGAAAUCUGCUAUUGGCGAGGGAAUGACACGAAAGGAUCAUUCUGAUGUUUCUAAUCAACUGUAUGCGUGUUAUGCUAUCGGUAAAGACGUGCAAGCUAUGAAAGCUGUUGUAGGAGAGGAAGCUUUAACACCUGACGAUUUACUAUAUUUGGAAUUCUUAACUAAAUUUGAGAAGAACUUUAUUUCUCAAGGAGGAUAUGAAAAUCGUACGGUCUUUGAAUCGUUGGAUAUUGGUUGGCAAUUACUUCGUAUUUUCCCUAAAGAAAUGCUUAAGAGAAUCCCGACCAGUACUCUUGCUGAAUUUUAUCCGAGAGAUUCUCGUCAUUAAUGUAUUAUUAAACUUAUAUGAUUUUCAAAAAAAAAAAAAAAUCUCGUAAUGAGUGACUGCUCUAAAACAGUAGGAAGAAAAGAUAGAUAUAUAUAUAUAUAUAUAUAUUUGCUGAUCACAAA